AUGGACAAGAAAGAUGAUGGUGCUAAAUCUGGUAAUGUAGCACAAUCCGGUUGCACUGGAUCUGUUACGGGGAAUAUGGUGGCGCCAGGGACUGGAGGUGCAGUUCAGAUACCUCGGGAUGCUUUUGAAGCUAACACCAAGGCUUAUUUUGACAACCUUCAUAACAAGGACAAGGCUACUAAUGUCAUUGAACACCUCCAAGUAGCUUUCCAAGACCAGACUCUUGCCCUUUACCAAUUCACUUCCACUUCGUAUUGA